AUGGCGCUCAAGCUAGGAAACGACGGAACAGGAUCAACAGACCUGCUGCCAGUUCAAUUCUACAUCCACGGCGGGGGUUUUGUUGUUUUCACUAAUCAGUACAGUGGUGGCGAUUUCUUCGUCCACAAUGAUGUUAUCCAUGUGGGAUUCGAGUAUCGCCUUGGGGUUUUUGGAUUUCUUAAUCUUCAGAAUGAAAUAGCUCCAGGAAACGCAGGACUCAAGGACCAAUUGGCUGCCUUACAGUGGGUUAACAGAAAUAUACAACGUUUCGGUGGCGACCCAGAAAAAGUUACUAUUGUUGGCGAAUCAGCUGGAUCUAUGAGUGUUCACUGGCUUACACUUUUACCUCAGACGGAAGGUCUGUUUCGUGCCGCAAUAAUGAAGAGUGGAGCUGCUUAUGACGUUUACACGGAUAAGCCUAAGUAUUUCGGAGAGCAACUAAUCAAGAAUCUCUCUAAAAUAACUCCUGGCAAGAGUGUUGAAGAUCUUUUGCUAAAAAGCACUCCAGACCAGUUGAUAGCCGCGAGCCCUCCAUUCGUUGAAGAGGGGCCAUUCAGACCUACUUUCAUCUCCGUCGAGAAGCGGCUGGUGGGAACUGGGCUGCAUCUCGUCACCCAAGACCCCGAAAGCCUUGUACUUCAGCGAGUGCGUUCCGCAGUUCCCAUGAUGAUUGGGGUCACCUCCUGUGAAAUGGCGCAAUCAGCUGAUGCCCAGUACCCAUAUAUCAUGCCGAACGACCCAAGUUUUCUCAUGCUAGUUCCUGGAGCAGUUAUCCCAAGCAAAGAUACUCAACGGGUCUUGAACAUUAGUGCUGAGGCUCUAGGAUACAACUACGAGGACGUCCAAAGCGCAAUUCGUAAUCAGUUUUUUAAAAACUUUUCGGCGGAUUGCGAUGAGCGCUGCAGGUUCAAACAGUAUAUUGUUCAACAGGGCAUAAAAUUGAGCGCCAUAAGAGCUCUACGACAUCAAGCUGCGUUUUCAUCAGCUCCAGUGUACGCAUACCAGUACAGCUAUCCUGCAAGCCCCAACGACGAAUGUGCAUACCAUGGUGCUGACGAUUUUAAAGUAUGGCCUAUUUUUGCAAAUACCUCGUACAAUGGAACGUCUCCUGACUCUUUGCUGCUACGCCGGCUAGUGAAAUUUAUUUCCAAUUUCAUCAAAUACAUGGAUCCCGUUCCUGACAUGACGGACGCCGACAUUAAAUUGCGGUGGCCUUCUAUGAAAGCUGCGUCUCCAGAUGUCUACUUGAAUAUAGGAAAAGAGCUUUCUCUACCAGGAACUGAUUUACUCGGAUCGGAUGGUCCAUUUUGGACUAAUUUAUUUAAAAAGUACAGGGACGGAAAAAGCUUUUAAAUAUUAAGUUACUCUUUGUCCUCCACAUUUCUGAACAAAACAAAAACAGGCUAGGCCCGCCCUUCCGCCUAACAGAGUUGCAUACUUCACUUCGCUCCGCAGGCAACUCUGUUCGGCAGGGGCUGAUCCUGGCUCGGCCUACCCGGGGCGUUUUGUCGGGCCUGCGGCUCGACCUAUAAGUCACUUUGCAUAUCUGGGUAAACUAAGGCUUCCGUGAUGUCCUGCGGCCCUGAAGAUUUGCUCCUUGGUCACGAGAAAGGAUUGUGACGGGGCAACACCGUGACUGCACCCCACCCUUCUUCUUUGCUAAAGAAUAAAUAAGUAAGAAACUGAACUAGCGCAGUUUUGUAGCUUGUUUUAUUUGUCGAACAGCCUUUAAACUCCAAUUUUCGCUAUUGUUUUUAAUAUAUUACUCUAAGGGCUAAGUUAAGGUCAUUUCCGUCGUGAUUCCACUAUUCUAGGUUCAUGGAGUGGCAUUUUGGGCCAUAAGAUGACAAAAUCGGUAAAACCCGAACACUGAUUCGGAUUCAGCGGACAUUUUUCAGUACCCGGGCAAAGCAUGUUAUUGUUAAGAUGAAAGGACGACACUCAGGGGCCGUCUGAGUAAAGAUUGGUCGUUUUAGCCAAAUUUAGGAAAUAUAUCCUAAACCCUUGAAAAGUCAGGGGGGGGGGGCUUCAAAUAUUUUUGAUCGGAUAAUUUUUACUAUUUUUUCGAGCAGCUGAAACUUGACAUUUCGAAAAAAAAAGAAGCUAAAACUCAUAGUUUUGAUUUCUUUUCGGGAUGAAGAAGGUGACCGAUUCCAGAUAUCCUAGUUCAUGCCAUACCUACGUUCAUACGGAGUCUAAAAAUACUUUGUGGGACUGUGUGAGACGGUGGGUUGCCAGAUUGGGCUACAAGUCGCCAAUUGGGCUCCUCGACGGCUCCGUUCGCGACAAAUUUUGUCGGUCAGGCGAUAUGUCGCCAAUUGGGCUCCUUCGGCCUCCAAGCCGGCGAUUUUUGGGCUCCGCUACAAAAUCCCCGCUAAACUGCACAAAUAAUGUUGCCAAUUGGGCUCCUUCGGCCUCCGAGCCAGCGUUUUUGGGCUCCGCCAUAAAAUCACCGCACAAAUAACGAAGCUCGACUUGAAUUUUGCGCGCCAACCGCCCUCUGCCUUCCCCCACUACUCGCCGUUCUGUCACUGCCUUUGCUACACGACGCUCUCGAAUUUUGGGCGACUUUUGGGCUCCUCCGCGUCUCGCGACUUUUGGGCGACACGAGCGCGCUCUAGCGGCGACUCGACCCACCACCAGUCUGGCAACCCUUGAGACCAACGACUCGACUUUAAAGUUGUACACCAAGACAAGAGGUAAUUGUUUACUUGAGUGACUCCUCGCCCUGGAGUCACCCAAGUAUACCAUCCAAAAGGUAUUUUUCAGUAGAAUCCUGAACAGUAUUUAUAUAUUGGCGCUCGAGUCUGGUUUUCCUCAAAAUUAAAUAAAUAUGCGUCGCCGCUAACCUUCAGAUGCACUUUGAAG